GGAGGGAGAAAGAGUAAGCGAGAGAGAGACCGAGAGUAGGAGAUCUAGAAAGAGAGAGAGUUUAAGAGGGUCUACGUAAAUUCAUUAGCAAAAAGGGGAAAUCAAAUUUGGUCCAGACUCUCUUAGUGAACGACCAACACACUUGUAGGAGGCUAUCAUAUCUGCCUGCAGACUUAACCAGUGGAUAUCAAUUCUCCUGUCCAUCCUGUGUGUGUGUGUACCACCAUGCCAUCCUACACAGUGACGGUGGCUACAGGAAGCCAGUGGUUUGCAGGGACUGAUGACUACAUCUAUAUCACCCUGGUGGGAACAGAGGGAUGCAGUGAGAGGACUUUACUGGACAAACCACUCUACAACGACUUCGAGAGAGGGGCGGUGAGUUGAGUUACAGUGGCAAGAGUCAGUUUAAAAGUUUCACAGUGUGUGCAUUACUUAAAAUACACUCAGAGGUGACCUUGUUAGAGAAAAUAUUUCCAAUAAUUGUCUUUAUCAGAUUUGAAACUCUGGCUGCAUCCUGAUUCUUCACCCUUCCCCCAAUUGUGCACAUGCACACUUCCCAUCAAUUAUAACUAUUAAGUCAAUGCUUAAUAGAAUGCACACUUCCUCUGGUAUCUGUCCUGAAGACUCAACUCCAAUUAUGCACUAUAAUUGGACUGAUUACUAGUUUGUGUCGACAAUUGCAUACUUGUUAGACCACAAGAUAUCUCCCUCUGGAAGCCCUCACAAGACCUCGGUCUGGGUGAAUGAACUUACAUUGUAGUUUAACAAUAACAUUUUACAUGCCUUUUGGACAUAUUCAUAUUUAUUACACCAACAUUGUAUUAUUCUAUGUCAUUUUUUCAUUAUUUUUACGUAAUUAAGGACUGACAAAUUUGACUAACAUGUUGGGCAAUGCACCCUGCUAAUAACUGCACAUGGUUCCUUAACAAAUGUACAAAUAAAUUAUUUUGUAUUUUACUGUUCCCUGGUGUAAGAUCUCCCUGUGUUGCAGGAUCAACCCCAGUCCCUCUAUUCCCCUACAUUUACAUUUUAGUCAUUUAGCAGACGCUCUUAUCCAGAGCGACUUACAGUUAGAGUGCAUAUAUAUAUAUAUUUUUUUUUAUACUGGCCCCCCGUGGGAAUUGAACCCACAACCCUGGUGUUGCAAGCGCCAUGCUCUACCAACUGAGCUUGAAACUGUGCUGCAAUAUGAGCUAAAGGGAGUAAUCCAUAGCAUAAAGAUGAAAUAAAUGGUCAUUGCUCUCAAUACUACUAUUUGAGGGACUGUGAUACUCAGGCAUGCGAUAAGAACCAUUCAUAGAGUGCUUGUUACCUGGUUUUCACUUGGAAAUACAAUGGCUUGGUUUCCAUAAAACUAUUUUCCAGGUGCUCAAAUCACUUUACAUUGUCUUGAAGAAACGUUCCUUAUCCACUACCAAGUACUGUACCAGAUAAAGAGGCUACACUCCAGUGCAGAGUGAGCCCUAUUGGUGCCAUCACCGCCAACUCCGUUUCUGUGAAUGAGUGUAUUUCUCUGUGCUUUUACUCAAAUGAAUCAAAAUAAUAACAUAAGGCCUAUUGCUAAACCUCUAUUACAGCCAGUAACUGAUGAGUGACCUGCUCAUGACCUUAUGACCCUUGAACAACACAUGGAAAAUCAAUACAAAAGCUUCCCUAGUGGCGCAACGGUCUAAGGCACUGCAUCGCAGUGUUGCAGCGUCACUACAUCCUGGGGUUCAAUCCCAGGCUGUGUCACAACUGGCUGUGACCGGGAGUCCCAUAGGGCGGCGCACAAUUGGCCCAGCGUCGUCCGGGUUAGGGGAGGGUUUGGCCGGGGGGACUUUACUUGGCUCAUUGCACUCUAGCGAUUCCUUGAGGUGGGCCGGGCGCCUGGAAGCUGACUUCGGUCGUUAGUUGAACGGUGUUUCCUCCGACACAUUGGUGCAGCUGGCUUCUGGGUUAAGCGAGCGGGUGUUAAGAAACAGCUCGGCUAGGCGGGUCAUGUUUCGGAGGACGUAUGACUCGACCUUCACCUCUCCAGAGCCCGUUGGGGAGUUGAAGCGAUGAGACAAGAUCGCAAUUGGAUAUCACGAAGUUGGGGAGAAAAAGGGGGUACAAUUGCAAAAAGAAAUAUUCACCAGUGUCUGUAUCUUGUACACUACAUCCAGUUGUACUCUUUAGUUCAGGAUGCAAGUGGCUGUAUAUUGCACCAACCAUCAGUGACUCAUGAGCUGCUACUAACCUCAUGCUGUCUCUUUCUUGCUGUUUUUGGCUAUUGUGUCUGGACUGCAGAAAGAGUAUCCGGUGCAAAAGGAACAGCUAAUGGGCAGCCAAACAAACACAAAACCUUGUUCGGUAUAAGUCAUUGAUAAAAAAUGCACUUUAUGUAACAAUGACAAAUUUGUAACGACCAUAGUCCGUCCUCAGGUUAGGCUUAAUCUGGGCCCAUUUUGUCCACUUUGCUCAAAUCUCUCUAAACCUGGUUGUCUGUUCUCAGGUGGACUCGUAUGAUGUGACGGUGGGGGAGAACCUGGGAGAGAUGGAGCUGGUGAAGAUAGAGAAGAAGAAGUACUGGGUUCAUGAUGACUGGUACUGUAAGUACAUCACAGUGAAGACUCCCUUUGGAGACUACGUAGAGUUCCCCUGCUUCCGCUGGCUGGUGGACGACAAGGAGGUGGUCCUCAGGGACGGCAAAGGUACCUGUCUGUGGGUCGGGUCUGUGUCUGUCUGUCUGCCAGUCGUGUCUGUCUGUCGGUCGUGUCUGUCUGUCAGGUCUGUCAGUCGUUAAUGUCUGUCGGUCAGGUCCGUCUGUCGGUCGCUCAUGUCUUUCAAACUGUCCCCACUCUUUAGCUUAAGGAACACAGAAGUAAAUCUAAAAUCAUCCUCAGUAUCGUUGUUCCCCUUUUUUUCAAGCACGGCUGCCAAAGGAUGACAAGACCAGACUGGUGAAGCAACACCGACACAAAGAGCUGGAGAGCAGAAGGAAAAUCUACAGGCAAGAGCUGGGUUUAUUGUGUAACACACAUCUACAUAACAAUGACAUAUUGAUUUUAUACCAAGAUGCAUUCAACAAAUAAAUGUAUUGAACUACUAAAUGUUUUUCUAGUAGUCAAUGCACUGAAAUGACAUAUAGUGUAGCCUACUAACAUUAAAAGACCUGCACACAGUGUUACGUAGUGGAGUCCUAAUUCAGUAGUGCUGAACCUGAUUCUGUGAUGUCCUCCUGUGUGUAGAUGGAGGGAGUGGCAGCCUGGGAUUCCUAUGAGUAUAGAUGCCAACACUCACAAAGAGCUUCCCAGAGACAUCCAGUUUGACAGUGAGAAAGGAGUCGACUUCAUACUCAACUACAGUAAGGCGUAAGUACUGCAUUCACACUACACUCUGUAACCUAGUGUAGACACCCUUUAUUUUUUAUAUGCACUGCAGACUCUGCCAAGAGGUCUGGGGUUUUAUGGCAGAGGAGUGUCAUUGUCCUGUCACUACACUCUGCUGCAACUGUUUCCCCUUAUUUGCAACAUUGUCCAUCUAGUCUUAUACUCUGUUUAAUUUUUACACUCAUACAGUGCUAAACCUACAGUAGGCCUCUUUCUAAUGUGGAGAUGUCCAUACUUGUCAUAGUAGGGGAUUUUCAGUUCAUUGGGGUCAGUAUUUGUUUAUUGCAGUGAUGGUGUUUUCUAAAUGUCGGGACUUCCUGGUUUGAAUAAAAGCUAAAUGGGACACAGAAGUAAGCUGUUGGUUCAGUAGGUGGGUGGGUGGUGAGUAGUAUGUGGACGUGACUAAAAGGGAGCCUGUUUUAAAGCUCUGUGUGAAAGCCUGUGGAUCAGGAGAGUCAUUGUAUGAGUAACCAGGGACAUUUGCAUGUAUCCUUCAUACCAACAGGCUAAACACAUACACAUAUUGUCUCAAUGAGACUGGCUGUGUGCUCUGACAAAUACUUUGGUUCAAACCUAUCAGCGUACUAGUAUGCUUUUUAUCUACAUAAAGACAUUAGGAAAUAAUUCCUGUGGUGAAUAUGGGUGAUGAUGAUGUCCAACUUUUGUUUUGAUUGCUUACGAGGGAUAAAAACCUUCCAGACGGGUUGUGUGUCUUUGCUCUGUAGUUGUUCAGUUAUGGGAUAGUAGCCCUCAUUACCAACAACAACCAUCUAAGAUAGACUUGUGAUGUAUUGAUGAGGAACUAGAGGAAGUGGCUGGGGUUAGCAGGACACUUUUCUGACGUGUAUUAAUAGAAGUGUUGGUGUCAUGACUGUGUUACUGCUGCUUACUUGUGGCUUGUUUGUGCAGCUGAAUUUUCGUUGAUAACAGCUCAUCUGCAGAGAGCACAGGGUAUAAACUAUUAUGCAGUACAUUAUGCUAUUCAGGCAUUGCUGGCUUGAUGUAGCAUUACCAGACUGGUAAUGGAUAGAAUUAGAUUUAAAGCAUAAUAACCUUCAUUGACAGUAUCAAUGUACCAAUGACUAGCAGACUUUACUCACCAGGAGGUUAGCAGCAACAUCCUUAGCAUCCCAAGUGUUGAGCACUGCCAAAGUACUGCACACGUGUGUGCGAAUCAUAGACCGGAAGGGAAGCAGAAACUAUUUUCUUCAUCCAAUUCAUUCAAUGCUGCUAAUGAUUGAAAAUAACAUGGAUAAGUGUAUAAUUAAUGUGUAAUACAUGUGUCGUAAACAUACAUCUGUCAUCAACUCCUGGUUGUCAGUAAGUCAGUGACUGACAUUUUCUGAAUCCAGUCGUUUUUUGUUGGGUGAAUACAGUUAAAUUGGAAGAAAAUAACUCUGGACAUAAAUCUUAGCCUCGUUCGACCAUCCUGAUCUCACAAAAUGACAUUCUGUUUCUCUACAUGGUAUUGCAGCGGUCAGGAUGGUGGAUCAGGCUACUGAAAUCUUUCCCUGCAGCUUGAUGAUGUUGUUCUCUCCUCCCCAGCAUAGAGAACCUGUGUGUGAACCAGUUCAUGCACAUGUUCCAGUCCUCCUGGAAUGACUUUGCUGACUUUGAGCGGAUCUUCGUCAGGAUCAAAAACACCAUCUCAGGUGUGUGGUCUCAGUUUUCUCCAUAGAAAGUGGUAUCGGUCUCCUCACUCUUCUCCGCUUUGAGUAGCUGCUGCUUUAGCAGUAGCUAAUCCGGAUCCUAGUAAAAUACUAAUCCUCUCCUCUCCUUUACCCUAUUCUUAUCCUAGAGUAUGUGAUGGAGCACUGGAAAGAGGAUUUUAUGUUUGGCUACCAGUACCUGAAUGGCUGUAACCCAGUGAUGAUCCAGAAGUGCACCAAGCUGCCAGAGAAGUUCCCCGUUACACACGACAUGGUGGCAGACUGUCUGGAGAGAGAGAUGACUCUGGAGGAGGAGAUCGAGGUACAGACUGAGACAUACAUAUGCACAUGUCACAUGCACGCAUUUAUGCAAGCUUAUACACAUGCAUGCACACAUCACAUCCACUCACAGAAUAUGUGACCUAUUGUACACAGAAACAGACAAGACAUGCAGAAAGACAGACCGACUCCAAGGUUUACAGGCUCUUAUUGUAAGACAUUCACCCCUUGUAUUACAUGUUGUUUGCAGGCUGGUAACAUCUACAUAGCAGACUAUGAGUUGAUGGAAGACAUCAGUCCCAACAGUACAGACCCCUGUACUCUACAGUACCUGGCUGCUCCUAUCUGUUUGCUGUACAACAACAGCCAGAGCAAGAUCCUGCCUCUGGCCAUACAGGUAGGCUAUUCUGCAUGGUUAGAAAAACAGCAUGGCGCAUUGUUUCUUCACCAUCUAACGAAACAUACUCCUCCUCCUCUCUCUCUCCCAGCUGGGUCAGACUCCAGGGGAGGACAACCCUAUCUUCCUGCCCAGUGAUGGUCAGUAUGACUGGAUGCUAGCUAAGAUCUGGGUCCGCUCCUCUGACUUCCACAUCCAUCAGACAGUCACACACCUGCUGAGGACUCACCUGGUCUCUGAGGUGUUUGGAGUGGCCAUGUUCAGACAGCUGCCUGCUGUACACCCUGCUUAUAAGGUACACCGAGUACACUUCAGUCCGUGCCUGUGUUUUGUGCCUACUAAUGUGGUUGAUUAGUUGAUUCAUGGAUUGGUUAGUUAGAUGGUUGGUUGAUCGGUUUGUUUGUUUAUUUAUUUAUUGAUGGUCUGUCCUCUAGUUGCUCCUUCCUCACAUUCGUUUCACCAUUGCCAUCAACACCAAGGCCAGAGAGCAGCUCAUCUGUGAGUUUGGCAUCUUCGAUAAGGUGAGUGUGUGAGAGAGUGUGUGAGAGAGUGAGAGAGUGUGUGACAUAAUGUGUGACAGUGUGUGAGAGAGAGACAUUGAGACAUAUUUAGACGUGCAUCUACACAUGGUACUAAAAUAUGUCUCUUAUCUGUCUUCAUUGUGACUAGAUUUCCUGGUCCCUCCCUGUAUGCAAAUUACACUGAACAAAAAUAUACACGCAACAAUUUCAAAGAUUUUACUGAGUUCAUAAAAGGAAGUCAGUCAAUUGAAAUAAAUUCACUAGGCCCUAAUCUAUGGAUUUCACAUGACUGGGAAUUGGUCACAGAUACCUUGGUUACAGAUACCUUGGUCACAGAUACCUUUUAAAAAAAAAGUAGGGGCAUGGAUCAGAAAACUAGUCAGUAUCUGGUGUGACCACCAUUUGCCUCAUGCAGCGCGACACAUCUCCUUCGCAUAGAGUUGAUCAGGCUGUUGAUUGUGGCCUGUGGAACGUUGUCCCACUCCUCUUCAAUGGCUGUACGAAGUCGCUGUCGUACACGUCGAACCAGAGCAUCCCAAACAUGACAUGUCUAGUGAGUAUGCAGGCCAUUAAAGAACUGGCACAUUUUUGGCUUCCAGGAAUUGUGUACAGAUCCUUGCGACAUGGGGCUGUGCAUUAUCAUGUUGAAACAUGAGGAGAUGACGGUGGAUGAAUGACACGACAAUGGGCCUCAGGAUCUCGUCACGGUGUCUCUGUGCAUUCAAAUUGCCAUUGAUAAAAUGCAAUUGUGUUUGUUGUCCAUAGCUUAUGCCUUUCCAUACCAUAACUCCACCACCACCAUGGGGCACUCUGUUCACAAUGUUGACAUCAGCAAACCGCUCACACACACGACACCACACACGCUGUCUGCCAUCUGCCCGGUACAGUUGAAACCGUGAUUCAUCCAUGAAGGGCACGCAGAUGAGUUUCCCUGAGACGGUUUCUUACAGUUUGUGCAUAAAUGAUUUGGUUGUGCAAAUCCACAGUCUCAUCAGCUGUCCGGGUGGCUGGUCUCAGACAAUCCCGCAGAUGAAGAAGCCGGAUGUGGAUUCCUGGUCUGGCGUGGUUACACAGGGUCUGUGGUUGUGAGGCCGGUUGGACGUACUGCCAAAUUCUCUAAAAUGACGUUGGAGGCGGCUUAUGGUAGAGAAAUUAACAUUAGAUUCUCUGGCAACAGCUCUGGUGGACAUUCCUACAGUCAGCUUGCAAAUUGCACGCUCCUUCAAAACUUGAGACAUCUGUGGCAUUGUGUUGUGCGACAAAACUGCACAUUUUAGAGUGGCCUUUUAUUGUCCCCAGCACAAGGUGCACCUGUGUAAUGAUCAUGCUGUUUAAUCAGCUUCUUGAUAUGCCACACCUGUCAGGUGGAUGGAUUAUCUUGGCAAAGGAGAAAUGCUUACUAACAGGGAUGCAAACUAAUUUGUGUACAAAAUUUGAGAGAAAUAAGCUUUUUGUGCAUAUGGAAAAUUUCUGGGAUUUUUUAUUUCAGCUCAUGAAAAAUGGGACCAACACUUUACAUGUUGUGUUGAUAUUUGUGUUCAGUAUAUUUGACAGAUUCUUUCAAAAUAAUAUUUAUGCAUUUAUUUUAAUACACAUAUUGAUGCUAUAAAUCAAUGGUGCCACCUGUCAAUGAUUUUAGAGGAUGGGAUUAUUAUGAUUUACAUAGUUUGUUGUCCAAAUCUGUCUACACUUUUAAGAUAUCCAGACACAAUGGCUGUGUUUACACAUGUUAGCACCAGGUUAAUCUCGUGAACAGACUACGUAAACAUAAAUGGUACAGUAGAUCUGUUUUUAUCAGGGUUGGGAAGGUAUAUUAUUGGAAACUUUAAAAGUUUACCAGUAAAUUACCAGAAUUUUUGUAACUCUCAAAUAUUUUAUGUAAUUUAUCCCAAGACAUCAAGUGGCCCUUUUGGGUACUUCAGUUUAUCACAGGUGUCUAAUUAUCGCAUGUAAAAUAAAUAACAUAAUCAAAUAAGAUGAUUUAAAAAUAAAACAUUAAAUGACAAAGCUGUAAAACAUUAUCCUAAAUAUAAACUUGUGAAUAACAUUGGUGUUUAAUAUGAGGGUUUCAACAUGAAAUAUCCUUUAUAUAUUAAUUUUUUUACACACUUAUUUAUUUUACUAUAUCUAUGUCUUUGUUGUAAAUGUUUUGGCACCAAACUGGGGGCAGUUGUGGAAAAGUAAAUAGUUGGAAGAGUUGCAUAGUUGUAUAAAAUGCCUUUGUUGAUUAGAUGCUUUUUUCAUUCAUUAGGCUAUUUUCUCUUGAACUAUAUGGUCUAGUCACAAGAAACUCAUGGACAAUAUAGACACAUAAAAAAUAAAUAUUAUAUAUGAAUACAUUUUUUAAAACUUAUUCAAGUGUAAAUGACCAAAAUUACCAUAGAUUACCUGUUAAUUACAAAAAUUACAGAAGAUUCCAGUAACUUUGGAAAUUACCAGCAGCUUUGCAACCUUAGUCUUUAUACUAUGAGCACCGAUUGUUAACGUGCAGUAAUAGUUCCGGUGUUUGGGUUUUUCGUCACUGGUUAUUUGAACAAAACAUACACGUGUCCGUAACUUGCAAAGAGAGAGGGUGGAGCUCCUCGUUCUGGUUCCGCUCCUCGUUCUAGCAUCUCUUCAUCUCUUCUCUUAACAUGGACCCAGAACUUAAUUGAGCAUCUGACCAAUUACGCAAUACUUUAGUUCUGGGUUAACCAAAAUUAGCACCAGGUAUAAAUAAACGGGGCUAGAGACAGAAGCCUCAUUUACACCUUGCCCUAACAUGUGGGUUUCGUGAUCUGAUCAAUAUGAUCCAAUCACUAUCAGAUCAAGGUUUGUCGUGUCUACACAUGGUUUUAAAAUGUUUCUUAUCCAUCCACUGUAUCUGCAUUGUGACCAGAUUUCCUAGUCCCUUCCUGUAUGGAAAUUAUUUGACCAAUAUUCUUUAGAAAUAAAUAUUUAUUUAUUACUAGACAAUUAUUGAUGCUAUAAGUAAAUGGUGCCACCUGUCAAUAAUUUUAGAGGGCGGGAUUAUUAUGAUUGAAAUGGUUUGCUGUCCAGAUCUGUCUACACUUGUAAGAUCUCCAGACACAAUGUGUGCCUGAUUACUUCCGGAGGUGGUCAGGAAGAUCUGAUCACAAUCAGAUCAGAUCACAAUACGUCUUUUAAUCGUCUAAACCUGUCUAAAAAUGUGGGCACAAUCAGAAUGUGGACACGAUCAGGACAAAGGACGCAUGUUAGCACCAGGUAUAAAUGGGGCUAAAGACGUAGACAUAGAGAGCUAAUGUGUACUGUCUCUCCCCAGGCGAACGGUACAGGAGGUGGAGGUCAUGUAGAGAUGCUCCAGAAGGCUAUGAGGUCACUGACCUUCAGGUCUCUGUGUUUCCCUGAUGCCAUUAAGGCCCGCGGGGUGGACAGCCCUGAGGACCUACCCUACUACUACUACAGAGAUGACGGGAACAGGGUCUGGGAUGUCACCAAGAGGUCAGAGGUCAUAGGGGUGUGGAUGUGUGUGUGUGUGGGGGGGGGGGGGGGGGGGGGGGUCUGUGUGUGUGUCCUUCUUGACACAUUUAUAGGAGGAGAACCAGGCCAAUCACCAGGACAAGAUGCCAUGAAAUGGCCAUGAGGUGGCUAACCCUAACCCUAGCUUCAUGUCCACACCCCGGCUCAACCCACCCCUGAAGCCAUAACCCUAAAGCCCUAGCCAUUACCCUAACCCUAGCAUACAGUAUGUCCCCACCCCGGAUCAACCCUAACCCUAGCCAUUACCCUAACCCUAAAUUUGAUUUGCCGUUUCCCUAGUUUUGUGUGGGACGUGGUGUGUAUCUACUACGACAGUGAUGACACAGUACAGAAGGAUGAGGAGAUCCAGGCGUUUGUUAAAGAUGUCUGCAGCUUUGGGAUGCAGGACCUUGACUGCUGUGGUGGGUACAAACACAUGCAACAUUAUAAUCAACAAACACUACAAUGGCAUAGCCUGCUUUAAAAUGCUGUUUUUGUUAUCUGCAAUACAAAGACACACUUAUUUCUCUGGACUGUGUUGAAAGACAUAGCUGACCAUGAAUAUUUAGCUAUGCGGAUAUGCACUUCACUUUUAAGUUGGCCAAAAGCCUCUGUGCUUGUCUGUUGCUGUGGAAAAUGUAUGCACUCACUAACUGUAAGUCGCUCUGGAUAAGAGCGUCUGCUAAAAUGAUGUAAAUGGAAAUGGAACAGUGGUGUGCGAGCAAGGAACUCAGUCUGGUAGGGGCCACAACUCCACUCUUCGAGGGCCACUCUGCUGGUUUACAUCUGACAGAACUACUGUAUACCUGGGUAACCAGGUGUAUAUAAACCUCUGGCCCAGUCAACAUGAAUUGCCAGGGGAUUCAAAACCAGCAGGAGAUGGAGCCUUCAUAGACUGGUGUUGUGCAUUGCUAAGCAAUACCGUAGUAUGUGAUUGCAUGACACUGUGUGUCUAGGGACUGACCUUAGUGACUCCAUGGUGAAACAAAUGUGUUGCGCCAAAAAACCUUUCUGCAGGGUUUCCCAAGUCCCUGAAGACACGCGAGGAGCUCACAGAGUACCUGACUGUCAUCAUCUUCACUGCCUCUGCACACCACGCUGCUGUCAACUUUGGACAGGUACGACUGGGGGCUCGAUUUGAUCAGAUCCGCUUUAGCAAACAUUCGCAUAGCAGUUGUUUUGGUGGUGUCUGCGGUGGAACUGCGUUGGAGCUGUCAACUCCACAAGUGGCUCCAGGCAUUAUGAAACGGACAUUGUCUUUGGCUGCGCUGAGUCGCAUUAGCAGAAAUCCCAUGCAGCCUUGUUUGCAAGUUCGAACACUAGAAUCAGAGAUUUAAUCUACACCUCGAUUAAGUUGAUAGAAAUCCUCAUUAUUUUGUUUAAUGAUUUUUCAAUAUGAGUAUAAUUAUGUCUAUGUAGCCUACACUUUCUCGUUCUGAACUAUUAAUGCGAGUCGGGCGGGUGUGGUUUCGUGACAAUGAUCGUAAGAGCAACUGUUCACCGAUUUGACGUCUCCAAUGCAGUUCCACCUCAAACAUCCCCAAAACAUCCGCUAUGUGGGUGUCUGCUACGCUUGAUCUGAUCGAAUCUAGGCCUUGGUUAGAUUUCAUAAAGGUAGGCUUUGGACAGGUAAGACUUGGUCAGGUAGGCUUUGGAAAGGUAAGAUUUGUUAUUUAUUUAUUAUUAUUAUUUAUUUGCUCAGGUAGGCUAUAUAGUCAGGUAGGCUUGGGACAGUUGGUCAACAUUACUGUAGAUAAGCUUGGUCAAUGCUUGCAGACAAGAGCACCAGCUACAGUGCAUUCAGAAAGUAUUCAGAACCCUCAACUUUUUCCACAUUUUGUUACGUUACAGCCUUAUUCUAAAAUGGAUUAAAUAAAAAAUUUCCCUCAUCAAUCUACACACAAUACUGCAUAAUGACAAAGCAAAAACAGGUUUUUAGAAAUUUUAACAAAUGUAAAAAAUAAAUAAAAUGAAAUAUCACAUUUACAUAAGUAUUCAGACCCUUUACUCAGUACUUUGUUGAAGCACCUUUGGCAGCGAUUACAGCCUCGGGUCUUCUUGGGUAUGACGCUACAAGCUUGGCACACCUGUAUUUGGGGAGAUUCUCCCAUUCUUCUCUGCAGAUCCUCUCAAGCUCUGUCAGGUUGAAUGGGGAGCGUUGCUGCACAGCUAUUUUCAGGUCUCUUCAGAGAUGUUAGAUCGGGUUCAAGUCCGGGCUCUGGCUGGGCCACUCAAGGACAUUCAGAGACUUGUCCCAAAGCCACUCCUGCGUUGUCUUUGCUGUGUGCUUAGGGUCGUUGUCCUGUUGGAAGGUGAACCUUCGCCCCAGUCUGAGGUCCUGAGCGCUCUGGAGCAGGUUUCAUCAAGGAUCUCUCUGUACCUUGCUCCGUUCAUCUUUCCCUCUAUCCUGACUAGUCUCCCAGUCCCUGCCGCUGAAAAACAUCCCCACAGCGUGAUGCUGCCACCACUAUGCUUCAGGGAUGGUGCCAGAUUUUCUCCAGACGUGACACUUGGCAUUCAGGUCAAAGAGUUCAAUCUUGAUUUCAUCAGACCAGAGAAUCUUAUUUCUCAUGGUCUGAGAGUCCUUUAGGUGCCUUUUGGCAAACUCCAAGUGGGCUGUCAUGUGCAUUGGUGGAGUGUUGCAGAGAUGGUUGUCCUUCUGGAAGGUUCUCCCGUCUCCACAGAGGAACUCUGGAGCUUUGUCAGUGUGACAAUCGGGUUCUUGGUCACCUCCCUGACUAAGACCUUCCUCCCCCGAUUGCUCAGUUUGGACAGGCAGCCAGCUCUAGGAAGAGUAUUGGUGGUUCCAAACUUCUUCCAUUUAAGAAUGAUAGAGGCCACUGUGUUCUUGGGGACCUUCAAUGCUGCAGACAUUUUUUGGUACCCAUCCCCAGAUCUGUGCCUCGACACAAUCCUGUUGAGCUUUACGGACAAUUCCUUCGACUUCAUGGCUUGAUUUUUGCUCUUACAUGCAUUGUCAACUGUGGGACCUUAUAUAGACAGGAGUGUGCCUUUCCAAAUCAUGUCCAAUAAAUUGAAUUACCAUAAGUGGACUCCAAUCAAGUUGUAAAAAUAACAAAGGGUCUGAAAACGUAUGUAAAUAAGGUAUUUCUGUUUUUUAUUUGUAAUACAUUUGCUAAAAUAAUUCAAACACCUUUUUCGCUUUGUCAUUAUAGGGUAUUGUGUGUAUUGAUGAGUAAAAUGUGUUAUUUCAUCAAAUUUAGAAUAAGGCUGUAACGUAACAAAAUGUGGAAAAAGGGAAGGGGUCUUAAUACUUUCUGAAUGCACUGUAUCUUCCCUUAGAUGUUAAUGUCUGUCUACUCUGUGUAUUUCAGUAUGACUGGUGCUCUUGGAUCCCCAAUGCGCCCCCCACCAUGCGUAAGCCCCCUCCCAGACAGAAGGGGGUGGUAGAUGUGAAGUUCAUCAUCCAGAGUCUCCCUGACCGCGGCCGGUCCUGCUGGCACCUAGGGGCCGUCUGGGCCCUCAGUCAGUUUCAGGAGAACGAGGUACACACACCACAUGCAUACGCAUCUAUAAACACAUGUGGUGUUUGUCUGCUUUUAUUCUAAAUAAUAAAGAAAUCCCUCCAAUCCCUGUGUGUCCUCUCUCUUUCAGCUGUUCCUGGGGAUGUACCCAGAUGAGCACUUCAUAGAGAAGCCGGUGAAGGAGGCCAUGGAGUCGUUCAGGAAGAGACUGGCAGAGGUCAGCAGUGCCAUCAAAAUUCGCAACGAAGGCAAGAAACUACCCUACUACUACUUCUCUCCUGACCGCAUCCCAAACAGUGUGGCUGUCUGAGAGAGGAAGGAGG